AUGGGAGAUGCUACACAAGAUAAUGAAAUACCCGCUGCAGAUUCACCUGCAGAUCAACCUGCAGAUCCACCUGCAGGCAAACAAACCGCCGCUACAUUACGCCCGUUGAUAUACCGCUUCCGUGUAGCUCCGGUAAGAGGUAACGUCAAGCAAUCUGCGCUGCAAUUGCCAUUCUCAGUUUUAUUUGACAAUUCGAUUGCAGUGUUGUGGUCCAUGUACAACAAAGAAACACAAAUUCGAAGUGGCAUUAAUCAAAUUCAAUGGGCGUUAGAGUUUUUGAAAUGUUUAAAGGUGGAUUAUAACUACCCAGAAUGCAUUGGUAAAAUUGUUAAAAUACUCGAGAAAAAUAUGAUAGAACUUUACUCCAAAAUUAAUACAAUACAGCAUAAGGCGAAACAGCAGGAACCGAGUGUUGAAAUAUUAGAUUCAAAAACCGAAACAAAAGCCGAUCAAAAAACGAUAGACGAAUAUGCCUUAUAUUUUAACGAAAAGGAUGUUGAGAAAAUAAUAGCAUAUAAUGUAAAAGAAAUGGACAGAGUAACUGGUGUAACUGGUAAACCAAGCCAUACUAAGAUACCAAGAUAUAUCAAAGAAUUAAAUGCAUUGGGUAAAAGAAAACCAAAAGUCGAAGAGUGUGAAAAUAAAUCUCCUCAAACAUUCGUGAUCGGAGCGUUAAAAAAGAUAUUGAAAAAGUCUACUGAUGCAGACACUAGAACAGAUGUCGAAGAAUUAAUAAAAGAAAUAAAUAUUCAAAAUAAGACUGGAGAUAAAACACCUGCAACAGCAGGAGAUAAAAAACCUUCUGCAGCAGGAGAUAAAAAAUCCCCUGCAGCAGGAGAUAAAAGACCCCCUGCAGCAGGAGCUACAACACCCCCUGGAGCAGAAGACAAAACACCUCCUGCAGCAGAAGAAACAAAAUAA